CCCGAAGUACUUCAGCGCUUGCAUUCUGGUAUAAAUGAAGUUACCAGAUAUUUGGAAACUUGUAUAGCACGAUCGGAAAAUCAAAAGCAACACGAUCCAUCGCUCACGCCUACGGUGUUUGUAUGCAAAAGAGACAUGAAACCAGCCCAUCUCUGCACUCACUUAUUGUCGAUGGCCGGAUUAGCACGGAUUAAAAUUGUACCAUUACCUGAAAAUGCGGAACCCUCUUUAGCAGCUUCAUUGGGCUUACGAUCUGCGUCGGCCAUACUUCUCGAUGUCAAAGAAGGUCAGGAAGAGAAAUUGCGGUUGCUGCUCGAUACCGUUCAGCCUGUCAAGACCCCCUGGGCCGCCGAUGGAAUUCCUGCCAAUCAACCUUAUCAAAACACAUAUAUCCGGGCUCUCGAAACCACCGCACCGUUA